UUAUAACUGAUAAUUUUAUAAGUAAUCUUGUAUUCGAGGAGGGUUUUUAACAUUUAAAUAAUAACUCAACCUGAUUUACGAAAAAUUCGCGCAUAUCCAAAAAAUCUAAAAAUAGAUCAAAGUAAGGUGACGCAGCUGUGUAGAAGGGACAGGUAGUAGGAAUUUAGAAUGUGAUUUGGGGACGAAAAUAACUUAAUGUAGGCCAGCUUUUGAGACGGCAGGAAUAUUUACGAAUUUUAUUAAUAAACAUUCUAAGAACAUUUUGAAUUUUAUACGUUUGUGGCUAUAAUCCAAGUGCAGAGACUCAUACUGCAAACUCAUUGAUUCCAGAAUAUUCUAGCUAUUCGGUUGAGCGCGUCAGCUUCUAUUUCCAAAAGUGAUCCAAUUAUUUACAAAUCCAUUUAUGGAAAGUGUCACAGUUCAGUGAAGUUUUUGAACGUACUGCGAGAAAAACUAGAAUUUUCCGAAUACCAGACAAGACAGUUGAAAGUUGAUAUUCGGUCAGCUGAUUUUGAUAGCUGCAUUGACUCAUCAAGAAUUUCAUUUUAUUUACAUUUUUCACCAAGAAAACUGGCGGAUAUGGCCUCGCAUAAAGUACAGCUUUACAUUUACGACUUAUCUGGAGGAAUGGCAGCUGUAAUAUCACCAAUGGUUAUAGGAAAGAAAAUAGACGGGGUUUGGCACACAUCUAUUGUUGUAUAUAACAGAGAGUACUUCUUUGGAUCACAUGGGAUAGAAAGUUGCAACCCGGGUGCAACAGCUUUAGGUCCUCCACUCAAAAUAGAAGAUUUAGGAGAGACUCAGGUGCCAUACACAGUUUUCAUUGACUACUUGAAUGGAUUGUCAGAAUCAACAUAUGCUGGCAACACUUACCAUCUCCUAAACCACAACUGUAAUAACUUUUCACAAGACAUUGCCACGUUUUUGUGUGGGGCAAGCAUUCCAAAGUAUAUCCUUGAUCUGCCUAACGAAGUUUUAAACUCCAAGCUCAGCACAGCACUGUUGAAUCUAGUUCAGCAACUAGAAAGCAGCGCGCGACCUAUACGGGAAGAAGAGGAAAAGGCACAUAAGGAGCAUAGCCCAGACUUCGACCAGCUCAACUCCCAGAUCGAGGAAGCGAGGUAUAAUUCCUUCCUGUUAGAGCAACGUAGAAAAACUUUGAGGGAGAAGUUGGCAAAGAAGGAAAGGAAAAAGGAGAAGAAAAGGAAGAAAAUACUUAAGGAAGGUGGUGAAGUACCCGCUGAAUUAAAAGAGGAUUUCACAAUGGCAGAUACAGAGACUGUACAAAAUGGCGAUGCUCAUAUAUCUACAGAGCAAGAAGUUGAAGCUAUGGAAGAAGAAGAGCGAAAGAAGGAAGAAGAGAGGAAGAAAUCUCGAGAACCACCUGUUGUUUUUAAGGACCUUGUAGAUGUUAAAUCAGAGUUUGAUUCGCUCUUGGCACUGAUAGAUGGGAAGCUGUCACCCGAGGAGCAGCGGUCUAUGGAGGAACUGCAACAGUAUAUGAUUGGAGAUGAGGGCAGUUGGGCAUUAAGUGACGGGUUUUUAGAUUUUGUUGGGAGGCUACUAAAUGACAAAGAGUUCCCAGUAGAUGUAAGAGUAAAAAUUAUGAAUUUACUAGCUAUGGCCGCAUUAAAAGAUGAUGUAAUAUUAGUAUUACACCAAGAUAGAAAGGACCAUGUUCUGAUGAACUACGCCUUUGAAAUUGACAGGCAUACACCUGAAGAACAACAAGCUAUUGCUCUAUUUAUGGUGAAUAUGUUUGAGAAUCUGAGUUCCUCCGAGUGGCUCCUGUACAUUUCUGAAUGGACCUACAAUAAUCAACAAACCAGCAAUAUUAGAGUGACGACAAAAGUCGCUGUACAUUGUCUUCUGUCAGACUUGCCUGUUCUCCAAGAUCGAGGUUCAGCUAUCAUUCAUAACCUCGCCUGUAAGGAGAAAUUCAGAAAUUUUCGGAUUCGCAAGAAUUUUCCAGAAGGCAGCCUAUCAAAGGUGUUCGAUGACGUGGCUGUUGAACUGACGAUGGCUUUGCUGCAAUACUUCAACUCAAAACCACCAGAAGAACAGCUGUUUAGGUGCAUGAAAGCUUUGGGCAAAUUCGUGCAAGUAUCCACACAAGAAAUCCCGCAGCUUGUCCAGAUGAUUGGACCCGAUCCCAAAACGUUCAAAGGAACCAGUGAGAGAAUCGAUGCUCUCAUCGAUCAGAUUAGUACAAAGCUAUAAGGAUAUAUGUCGAUUGUUAUUGUUUUGUUAUUAGAUUAAGUUGAGUCAUUAUUUAUGGUGGAUAGUGUGAAGUCUCUUUUUCAAAAUGGUCCAAGUUGGGUCACUGUAGUGAAUAAUAUUGUCACGCCUCUUUGGGGAUCAAAUGCGGAACAGCUUGACAUUUGACCGGGCUGGAUGGAAAAUAUGCAUAUAAUAGCAACCUGCUAAAACUUACUGAAAGGUUCCGUAAGUUGACUUGUACAUUUCAACUCGAAAUAACAAUUUUAAUGUAACUAACCUAUUUUGAAAAUUGCGUAUUCUAGAAAAAAAGAGUUUAAAACAAAAGUUGUAGGGUUUCGAGGAAGCAAAAUAAUUGUUACCUUGACCAACACCUUCAAGGUCAUUUGAAGGUCAAGUGAAUCUUGUCAAAUGGAAUCCCUCAUUUUCACAUCGGAAUUGAAAAGAGGACAGUUAAUGUUCGAAUAUGACCUUGUCCAUGACCUUCAAGGUAAUUUCGACGUCAACCCAGAGACGACCUUGACCUUGAACUUCAAGAUCAACUCAAACUUUCCGAAGUAAACUUUUCAUUUUUAUACAGGAAAUGGAAAAAGGAAAUUUUACGUCCGAAUGCGAGCUUGACGUCAAAAUCAAAGUCGUGUCAAGCUUAAAUGUUAUUUGAAAGAACGUAAAUUUUCCUGCUUUUUUCAUUUCUAGAAUAAAAAAGAAAUGUUGCCUUUGGGAAUUUUGAUUUAACCUCAAAGGUCUAGGUCAGCUAUGGGUGAUCCCUACAAAUUUCACAACUGUGCUAUCGAAGAUUUUGGUAGAUUGACCCUGACAUGGCAUUGAGUACCGUGGUCGGUCAAACGUAAAAUUUCCGCCUCUUCAAUUCCGUUGUGAAAAAGGUGAGGUUCCAUUUGAAAAUGUUCACUUGACCAUGAAAUAAAAAAAUGCCGUGGUUAAGGUCAUAGUCAAGGUCACCAUUCUUUUGUCCCUUGAAAUCCUAAAACUUUUGUUUCCAACUUUUAUUUUAGAAUGCGCAAUUUUCGAAAUAUCCAGGUGCGGAGAAUAAAAUGGGCCACCCUGUAUACAGUGACGCAUAUUGACCCAUCGUGAAGGUCAGGCAAAAACAAAAAAAUCGUGUAGGUAAUUUUUCAGAGCUCAUUUGGGUAAAAUGAUAUUUGGCAUAUAAUCAUUCGUCACUUCACUUUCAUUUUUAGUGUUUGUUCAAAUGUUAUCACAUUUUAUAUAGUUGUACUUCAAUGAUUUUUAUACAUUUUUUAUUUUCGUAUGCGUUUCAAAAAGUUAUAACAAAUGUAUGUGUCCUAUAAAAACAUAUUUGAUAAUCCUCCUGUUCUUCUGCAAUUGUUGUUGUUUAUUGUUGUUUCCCGGGUUUUAUCUUGAUUCCCGUAGUUUGCUGAUAUUUACUAUGUUUGCUAUAUAUGAAAUAAAAUAACAUUUAUUCUGCUGCAUAUAAAAUUCAAUAUAUUACGUUCAUAAAUUAUAUGUACAGAUUUACAGUUUAUCACAGUUUUUUAUGAUAAAUGAUUAUAACACAAUUUUAUAUAUAAAUAAAUUAACUAAAUAUUAUACCUUUACCGCAAUUGUAUGGUACUGUAAUGAAAACAAUUUAAAAAUAAAGAAUAAUUAAACUUGAUUUUUGCUUAACUAUAAAAAGUACGUUCACUUAAAGAAAAAAGUAUUCCUAUAAUAAUUAUAACAACCAUUAGAUAGUCCAAUUUCGUUCAGAUGGAAUA